CUGAUCGGAACAACCUAGCGAACUAAAGGUGUCCCUGUCUGGAUAACAUACCAGCACCUCCAUUCACCUGUCCAACGAUUCUAAAUAUCUAUCGUUCUACACGAUCUAUCCCCACUUCUUUGUCCCAUUCCUUCCGCUCUCUUGGGACUCUAUUUGCAUCUGCGAGCGACAGUUUGAACAUCAAAUAACACACAAAUAUGGAUAAAACAGAGCUGAUUCAGAAAGCCAAACUGGCGGAGCAGGCUGAGCGUUACGACGACAUGGCUUCGUCCAUGAAGGAGGUAACUGAGAAGGGGGCAGAGCUGUCGUGUGAGGAGAGAAAUCUUCUAUCGGUUGCCUACAAGAACGUUGUCGGGGCCCGGAGGUCCGCAUGGCGGGUCAUCUCCGCAAUCGAGCAGAAGACAGAGGGCAGCGACAAGAAGCUUCAGAUGGUGAAGGAGUACCGGAAUAAGGUGGAGACCGAGUUGCGAGACAUCUGCAACGAUGUAUUGGGGCUGCUGAGCAAAUAUUUGAUUGAAAAUGCUCCUAAUGCGGAGAGCAAAGUGUUCUAUUUGAAGAUGAAGGGAGACUACUACAGAUACCUGGCUGAGGUGGCCUCCGGAGACGACAAGAAGGAGACGAUAUCCAACUCUCAAGACUCCUACCAGGAGGCGUUUGACAUCAGCAAGAAGGAGAUGCAGCCCACUCACCCCAUCCGCCUGGGCCUGGCCCUCAACUUCUCUGUCUUCUUCUACGAGAUCCUCAACUCCCCAGAGAAGGCCUGCUCACUGGCCAAACAGGCCUUUGAUGACGCCAUCGCUGAGCUCGACACGCUGAGCGAAGACUCGUACAAAGACAGCACCCUCAUCAUGCAGCUGCUUAGAGACAACCUCACACUAUGGACGUCUGACAAUGCAGCAGAUGAGCCAGAGACCGGAGAGGAAGGAGAGAACUGAGAUGCUCCCCCGUCCUUCCUCGCCAACGAAAAAAAAGAAACACCCCAAAAAAUAUUUUACACUUCAUUCCUUAUUGUUCCACUUGAAAUUAUUCUAGUAAUGAACGCCUGUCGUUACCAAGGAGCUGUCAGUGUGUGGGAAAUUUUCAAUAAUUUGUCUUCACCACGACUCAUCUUUUUGGUAUGAAUAAAAGCUAAAUUAAUUUAAAGU